AUGGCGGACGACGGCCGUGAAGCAGUCUAUGUGCCGCCCGAAGUCAGGCGCGUGAUAUUGCGUGCCUUUACAAGAAAAUGGCAUUUACAGCUUCAGUCCGACGCCGUACAAUUCAUAUACAAAACCCUCGAAGCACAUGAUCUGUCGGAUACGGAUGCCAUGGCCGAAGCUGUUCAUGCCCUCGCCAAUGCCCUGGUCGAUCAGCAUGUAGCAGGGGCACAUAUUGAUGGAUUUGAUGGACAUGUUGUCACGGCUGAAGCGCUUCAAAAGGUGUACGACCUCUUACUCGUCGAAGCUGCCGGCGAAGAAACGCACGCCACCCCAUUGACGCAAGGCGCAGCUCUCGACCUUUCGAAACACUUUCGCGUGUGUGAUGCCUUCUCACAACCGCGCAUCCUCUUCCAUGCUGCACGCCAGGUUUUUGAACGCGAUCCGGCACCAAGCUCCCUUCUCUCGCAUCCCAACGCACCUAGCGCCCAUAUGGAGGAACGGUACCAUAUCCUACGUGGCAUUGUGCUGCGUAACGAACACUUUUUACCAGCACUCACUGGCCCGAAAGCAGAGCGCGACUCAUUCAUGCGUCUCACUACCACCAAACAUUUGCUUGGACGACAAGGUGAGCAUUGCCUGCUGUUUGGACGUCUGUCCACUGCUGCAGACGGCAGUUAUACCCUGGAAGAUACCGAAGGUCAGGUAUCUUUGGAUCUAACACAGGCCCUCGUUGGUGAGGGUAUAUUCACAGAAGGAGCCUACGUGCUUAUUGAGGGCGAAUACACCCACACAGAGCAACUCCGGGCAUGGGCCAUCGGUCAUCCGCCCAGUGAACGUCGUGAAGAGGCACGCGCCCUGUCAGGUCAUUUGGAUUGGUACGGUGCUGGCGCUGUACCUGUCAAACAUGUGCCGCUCUUGCGUGCGCAAGAAAUGCAGCAUCCUGACAUUUGCAUCGCUGUCCUGUCCGACGUCCAUUUGGACGACCCGGCCACAUUGGCACACUUACGAGCAAUCCUGCAAGGGUACCAGGACGCCGACUUUAUGCCGCUGGCCAUCGUGCUAUGCGGCCACUUCUCAUCUACCCCUGUGGAAGUAGCCGGCGCUCUCGAUUCAUACGCUGCAUCCUUUGCUCGCCUCGCCGAUGUCAUGCUGCGCUUCCCCCGCUUACUGCAGUCAUGCCACUGGAUUUUUGUUCCUGGUCCUCGUGAUCCAGCAGCCACACCUCUUCUUCCGCGGCCUCGCAUUCCUGCGCCACUCGUCCAGCGAUUUGAGCGUCGGCUUCCGCGCGACUUUUGUGAGUCGCGCUUGCAUUGGAUGAGCAACCCCUGCCGCAUCGUGUACUUGUCCCAAGACAUUGUGAUUUUCCGUGAUGAUAUCAUGAGUAAAAUGCUACGAAAUGCGAUCCUACUCAAAGAUGACCUCGAGGCGAGCGAUUUGCAAAAGCAUUUGGUAUCCACACUGCUCGACCAGGCGCAUUUAUGCCCUUUGCCGCCCCAAGUACGUCCCAUUUUAUGGGAAUAUGCACAUGCAUUGCGCUUAUACCCCAUGCCAAGUGCGCUUGUACUCGCAGACAAAUAUGAUCGAUUCGAGCUCACAUACGAAAAAUGCCACGUAUUCAAUCCAGGAUCCUUCCGUGGUCGCGCUUGCUGGACCACGUACUACCCGGCCACAGGCCAUGCUGAGCGCAGCGAAUUGCCAGAGUGA